AUGGCCACCAAAGCAGCAGCAGCAAACACGUCUUUGGGACCACAAGUCGCUGAAGGCGAGCUUGUAUUCGGUGUCGCAAGAAUCUUUGCUUCAUUCAACGACACAUUCGUCCACAUUACCGAUCUCUCUGGAAAGGAAACCGUGACCAGAGUAACUGGUGGUAUGAAGGUCAAGGCUGACAGAGACGAGUCAUCCCCAUACGCUGCCAUGUUGGCGGCACAAGAUGUCGCUGUCCGCUGCAAGGAAGUUGGCAUCAACGCCCUUCACAUCAAGAUCAGAGCCACUGGUGGUACCGCUACCAAGGCUCCAGGUCCAGGUGCCCAAGCAGCUCUCCGUGCUCUCGCUCGUGCAGGUAUGCGUAUCGGUCGUAUCGAGGAUGUCACCCCAGUUCCAUCCGACUCUACUCGUCGUAAGGGUGGUCGUCGUGGUCGUCGUCUCUAG